CGCCUCCUGGCAUUAUCCAGUAACACGUCUCAACGUUGUAUAUUAAAUAUUCGUAUUCGUUAUAUACUAUUGAGGUGAAUAUAUAAAAACACUAUUCAGUCGUCACUCGUUCUUGUACCUCAUAAGACGUUUAAUUAUAAAUAAAAUUACAAUGCGAGCUCUCGUUGCUGUACUGGCAAUUGCCGCAAUUGCCACCGUGUCUGCUGAAGUUUUCUUCGAAGAAAGAUUUUCUGAUGAUUCAUGGGAAAAGAACUGGGUAUACUCAGAGCAUCCUGGCAAGGAGUUUGGAAAGUUCAAACGAACUGCCGGAAAAUUCUACCACGAGGAAUUAAAGGAUACAGGUAUCCAGACAUCUGAAGAUGCCAGAUUCUAUGCACUCAGUAGAAAAUUCAAGCCUUUCACGAAUAAAGACAAGCCAUUGGUUGUCCAAUUCACCGUCAAGCAUGAACAGAACAUUGACUGCGGUGGUGGUUACGUAAAAGUAUUUGACUGUUCAUUGGACCAAAAGGACAUGCACGGUGAAACUCCGUACCUUCUUAUGUUCGGACCUGACAUUUGUGGACCUGGUACCAAGAAAGUUCAUGUUAUCUUCAACUACAAAGGCAAGAAUCUGUUGAUCAAGAAGGACAUUCGUUGCAAGGAUGACGUAUACACUCACUUGUACACUUUGGUUGUGAAACCAGACAACACCUACGAGGUUCUGAUCGACAAUGAGAAAGUUGAGUCUGGAGAACUUGAAGCCGAUUGGGACUUUUUGCCACCAAAGAAAAUAAAGGACCCAUCAGAAAGCAAACCCGAAGACUGGGACGACCGCGCAACCAUUCCCGACCCAGAAGACAGCAAACCCGAAGACUGGGACAAGCCAGAGACUAUUCCUGACCCAGAGGCCACUAAACCAGAAGAUUGGGACGAUGAAAUGGAUGGAGAAUGGGAACCACCAAUGAUUGAUAACCCAGACUUCAAAGGUGAAUGGAAACCAAAACAAAUCGACAACCCAGCCUACAAAGGACCAUGGAUCCAUCCUGAAAUUGACAACCCAGAGUACGUCAAGGACGAUGAACUCUACAAACGCGAUGAAGUCUGCGCUAUUGGUUUCGAUCUCUGGCAAGUCAAGUCCGGAACUAUCUUCGACAAUGUACUUAUUACUGAUGACCCGGAGGCUGCCAGCAAAUUUGCUGAAGAUGUUUGGAAACCCAACUUCGAGGGUGAAAAGAAAAUGAAGGAGGCUCAAGAUGAGGCUGAGAGAAAAUCAAUGGAGGCUGAAAAACCCGAGGCUCCAGAAGAAGAUGAUGAUGAGGAUGAUGAUGACGCGGAAGAAGAAGACAACACCGUACCAGAAGUUGAGGAGCACGACGAAUUGUAAAUAAAAAAAAUGUCACGCGUGGCAUGAGAAGCAGACUGUAUUCCAGGAGCUGUUGGGCAAGAAAAAGACACACCAGCAGAUUACAACAUUACACAAUUAAUUGAAAAAAUUCAAACAAUAAAAAACUAAUUAAUAAAUAAAUAUUUUCUCCUCCGAUUUUCUUCAGUAUAGUCUUCGCUUAACCGUAAAGUUGCCAAUAAAAUUUAAAGAAAAAUAAAAAAAUUAAUAUAUAAAUUGAGAAUCAAUGCCAAGAAAAUAUUUUAUAUUGACGUGCAAUGAAGAAUCUCGGAGGAUAAGAGUAAAAGUGAGAUAAGAGUGAAAAAUAAAACCUAGUCAGCGUAUUAUCUUGCUCUGAAUAAAUUUUAAGUGGUACUUUAGUUCCGUGUAAUCGUGUCGGUUUUUAUAAUUUUGAUUCCUUAAUUAUUUUUAAAAAUCAAGCCGUUACUUAAUCUAUCGCGGCAUUUUAAAACAAAAUCGAAUUUUUUUUGGUGUCCUUCCCACCUGCCACAGCUCCAAAAGACUAUAAUUUGUUCCGUUUUUGUUUUUCAAGUGUUUUUAUAUUAAAAAGAUAAAUAAUUUGAAAUAAUAAUUAAAUAAAAAAAAAUAUUAAUUAAUUUAAUAUCGCUAUAUAAAUAUAUUAUUAUAUAAAUAUUAUAUAUGUAAGUAUGUAGGUCGUCAUUCUCCGUACAAUUUAUUAUUUACGAUCCGCUAAUUAAAUCCUUUUAUAAUUCUGGAAGAGUGAUUGAAAAAGUGUAAAUGAAAAAAUGUGAUUAAUGAUUGAUUGAAUGAUUAUUGAUUUAUAUAAUUAAUAAUUUUUAUCGAACGCGGUGUAAACACCAACAAAUUAUGACACUCAAUAAUCAUCAUUUAAGUAAUAAAUAAACUUUUCUAGAUAACCAGUUA